GCAAUGUUAACGAAGGUUGUUUGGCCACAGUUUGUUCUUCUGGUUGUUCUAUGUACCGCACAAGUGAUCUUUAUCUGGUCUUUGUUAUGAGUAAGAAACGAUCAGUAGAAGCAUACAGUCAGGACAAAGUGAUCUGAGUCUAUGGGUAGACUAUCAACAGUAUCUGAUGAAUUAUGCCAAAUGUCUUACAUAGGAAUAAUUCGGAUCCAAACGACUUACUGCUACGAGCUAAGACAGCAAGUAAUAACUUAAAAUUCCUAUCAAAAAUAUUUGAGAUGUUGGUCUUCAAUUUCAAUAAAUUCCACGAUUCCUCAACAUAGAAUUUCGAGGAUCUUAUCUGGGAACUUAAAGCAGCUACUGGCUAAAGAUCAUUACACUACGCAUCAUUAUAGGAUGCAUGGAGACUUAUUUUUAGCAUAAUAAGAUUUAAAAAUGAAAAAGAAAAUGGUGGAAAUAAUUACUUCCCACUCAACCAUUAUCUCUUCGCCAUCUAACAGUUCACAGUUCACUAACAUCUAUUAAAUGUCAAAUUCAAAUCGCGAUCGCAUGAGUGAACGAUUAGAGCGUCAAAAUGAAUUCAGUUCGUAGUAACAAUGGAACCGAUCGACACGUUGUCAUACGGACACCACUCCGGCCGGGGACAAAUUAUCUUCUUGCCAAUACUGAAAAGUCACUAUCUCUUACUAUGGAGUUUCUGUACCAUCUUUCUAUCGAACGCACACGCUGCACUCAGAAAUGUAGUCAUCAUGGAGAAGGUGGAAAUUUUCGACACUCCAACGCUACGAACGACCGCUAACAUCACCCAGCACAGUCCAGCGUCCGUGCCGGCCGUUUUUGCCGAAAUGAUGGCCCUGCAGGACAUUUCUCAGCUAAAGAUCAACAGCGUCUUUACGGUGCGCUCCCGGACCGGGGAGCUGCAAGCGGCACUGUAUAACAGUACGCUUGGGUUGUGCGAAUUUCUGGAACAUCCCUUCCGGAACCGGCUGCUGCAGAUCAUUCAGCUCGAGCUGAUCCGCCACAGCAACAUCCCGACCAAGUGUCCGAUGCGGGCCGGUCUGUACUACAUACGGAAUGCAUCGUUUGCCCGUGCGCGCAUACCUUCGUUCCUGCCCGCCAGCUACUUCCGCGUGGACGUUAAUCUGUUGAACACUAAUCCGUGGCAAACGCUGCUGGAGACUCGCUGGUAUGGGAAGCUAAUCAAAAAGUAAUUGACCAGUGGCGGUUCGAGCGAGCUCUCGUAAGUGCAACUAAUUUCCGGAACGAAGUCGAAAUAAUAAUGCUAAUAACAAUGAAUUGUUCUACAUCAACCAGCACAACUAUUAGCAAACGGCUAGUAGACGGAUUAAAUUGUGCGAAUAAAUUCUUUGCAAUUGACAA